AUGAGCGAGACACCACUGCGGUCGUGUAAGCAGCUAGCUCGUGCUGUUGUUGUUGGUUGCCGAAAGCAGGUUCCGUGGGCGGUGAUCAAGGUCCGCUCUGAGACCGAGAUCAUCAGGUGCUUGGACCCACGCUUCUUCGUUGAAGGUGAAAAGGACGUGGCGCGAUUAGCCGUAACGACACAGAUCGCCAGCAUGGUCCAGGAGAACUACGCCGCGCUCGUGGGGGGAAUGCGGCAGGUGCAGGCCGUGGACCUCGACCUGGCGAGGGCCGGAGUUCAGAUUUCCAACGGCAGGAGGGGGCUGCAGCGGAGCCUUGCCCGCUCCACGGGCCCCGUGCUCCGGCUCAUCGAGACCGGCAGACGCAGGGACCGACUGCGCCUGGUCGAGGCCGUGACCGCUUCUUGCUUGAAAGCCGUGGCCGAGGAGGGCAGGGUGGAGGGGGACCUGGCGGCGGGGAGGUUCACCCAGGCCGUGGCAACUGCAGAGCUUCUCGCCGAGACCGUGGCCGGCGACGAGCAGCUGUCCAGCGCGGCGGUGCUGGGAGGGGUGAGGGAGAGGGCCGAGAACAUCCUGGCCACCGUCAAGACGAGGGCGGAGCUCGCGGUGUCGGAGCUGUGCCAGACGUUCUCCCCCGAAGCGUACGGCGGGAUAGUGGAGGCGUUUCUUUUGCUAGAGGACAGAGGCGCACUCCGCCCCCCCCCUCCCCCCACUACCUCCACGGAGCCCCUUAUUCCCGCCGCGCCCGCAGCCUCGCGAGCUCCGCCUGGGGAGGAGGGGGAGGUGGGUCCUACGGCGGGAGAGCAUGACAAAGGUGACGGUGACAAUGAUGCCGGUGCCCCCGGUGUUGCUGCCGGGGCCACGUCAGCGGGGGAGGGGGAGAAGCCGCCGGAGCGACGGAGGCGGCAGUGGAUUUCGCAGUUCACAGUCAACCAUGAGUAG